UUGAAAAGCGGCUGUAACGCGUUUAUGCCGACUGUGAAAACGGCCAGUAAAUAGCAAAGCAUUCAUUUUAAAUGGAUAUCAUUUUAAACUACAAUCCAAGCAGCAGACCCGUGUGAUAAAAAGCGUAAUGUAAAAAUCAACAAUAUUGCUAUUUUAUUCUUUUAAUUUGUAUAAAUAUAUAUUUUUUUCUACCGUAAACCGAGUAGAUCGCGCAGUAGACGUUGUAGUGGUCAGCGUGCGAAUUUGCGUUGUUUCGAAGUUGGAUAAACUUUUAUCAAAACACAGAAGCGGAGUACCGUGGACAGAAGGUUUAGGUGAUGGGGACUUUGGUUUGACGCCAUUGUGUGUAUGCAUGUCGACUCUGCAGCUCAAACCCUGAAUAGUUGACAUGCCACCUGGGAUGGUGUGUGUGUUCUCUUCUCUUUUCACCAUACUGUGUUACUGCGCGGUCACCCAGAGUUCUGCUUCUUCCAGACAACAUCCCACUUUUUUACGCAAUGACACCUACUUUGAGCACCUGGCUCUGCAUCCUGACCCUUCAGUGGGUCGGGUGUAUUUAGGUGGCCGUGAUCGACUUUACCAGCUUUCUUCAGAUCUUCAGCUUGAGGCAGAGGAAGAGACGGGGCCUGUGAUAGACAGCCGUGAAUGCCUCCCCCCCAUUAGUGAAGCAAACUGCCCACAAGCACAACUGACCAAUAAUCACAACAAGCUACUACUUGUGGAUCCUUACAGUCAGGAACUCAUCAGCUGUGGAAGUGUUCAUCAAGGAAUAUGUCAGAAACGAAGCUUGGAUGCAGUAGGGAAAGUGAUUUUUACUGCAGAAAGGCCAGUGGAUACACAAUAUGUGGCUGCUAAUGACCCCAGCGUGUCUACAGUAGGUCUCGUGGCACUCACAAAAGGACGUGGGAAACAGCAGCCAAUGUUAUUUGUUGGACGUGGUUACACCAACAGUCAACCCCCAAUAUCUACUCGAAACUUAGUUACAGAACCUGUUUUCUCGUAUGAAGAAACAUCAAAGUUAGCAGUAGCUGGAAGGCUUUCGGAGUACGACCAUCAUUUCGUGACCUCAUUUACACAUCGUUCUUAUGUCUACUUCAUGUUCUAUCGGAGGGACUUAAAGUCACAAUCGAGGGAAUAUCGCACAUAUGUUUCCCGUAUGUGUUUGGAUGACGCUGCGUAUUAUUCUUAUGUUGAAGUUCCAUUAAGUUGCCGUUCAUCCAGAGGAAAGAAUUAUAACCUCCUGCAAGCUCUACAUGUUGGCCUGCCAAAGUUUGGUAAAGUUUGGGGAAGGGAAAAUGCAGCAACUUCAGAACAAGAGGUUCUGUUGGGGGUGUUUUCAAGUCAUUUAGCUUCCUCAAGCCGGCCCAACGAAGAGUCUGCAGUAUGCGUGUUUUCGCUCGAAGAAGUGGAUAAACGUAUCAAUUCCACAAGAGAUCUGUGCUACACUGAAAUGGGUCGUGCAGAUGGACAUGAGGCUGCAUACAUUGAGUAUGAAGUCAAAUCAAACUGUGCCAAUCUGCCAGCGAACACUUUAGAUGCGUACCCAUGUGGCUCUGAUCACACUCCUAGUCCAAUGGCUAGCCGAGUGCUGGUGGAAGCGGAGCCAAUAUUUGACAGCCCAUCUGUCCGUCUCACUGCUGUGGCUGUGAGUGUCAGGGAGGAGCACACUAUUGCCUUUUUAGGGGACUCACAAGGAAACCUACACAAGGUGUUUCUUGGCCCAAAUGGUGAGGUGGAAGAAUAUGCAGAAAUCUCCAUUCAACCCAAUGCACCAAUAAGCAGAGAGCUUAGGCUUGACCAUCAAGAAAAACAUCUGUACAUCUUGACAAGUAACAUGCUAGAGAAGAGGCCUGUAGCAGAGUGUGAAAAGCAGUUGGAUUGUCAGUCCUGUCUGAUGGCUCAUGAUCCAUAUUGUGGCUGGUGUGUUCUUGAGGGGAAGUGUGGCCUGCGUAGCGAGUGUAUACGUGGGAAUCAGAAAGAUCAGUGGCUGUGGAGCUUUGACAUUGAACAGCAAUGCCUGAGCGUGACGUUUCUCAAUCCAUCCAACAUCAGCCGAGAAGAGAGGAGAAAUAUUUCUUUAGCCAUCCCAGGUCUUCCCAAACUGGAUCAAGAAGAUUUUUAUGAUUGUGUCUUCCUUGGAAAGCCAAGUUUGGCUACUGUGACAGAGACCGGUGUCAUCUGCUCCUCUCCACACAUAAAUACAUUGCCAUCUGUGCCACCUGGACAAGAUUCUUUUACAGUCAUGCUGUCUGUACAAUUCCGUGAUGUUGUUGUGACGUCUCAGGAAUUCACCUUUUAUGAUUGCACUUCAGUCAAACAACUUGCAGGAAGCUUGCCCUGCCAUGGUUGUGUGCAAAGUCACUGGGGAUGCAAUUGGUGUGUGAAACAACAUAUGUGUACCCACAAAACUGUUUGCAAUGAGGGAUUAAUAAUCUACAAUGAACAUUGGAAAUCUCUCCCUACGUUACCUCCUACAACCAAAGCUUCCAGAGCCGCAUUCAUGACCUUUCCAGUCACAACAUACAAAAGCCCUGAAACAAUGGCUCAUACUAAACCUCCAACCACUGCCGCAGUAAUAACUGAAUCUCUAACUUCUACACCACAAUCCUUAACCUCUCCUGGCCCUGUGAAACAAACGCCGUCCACUAAGAUUUCUUCUUCUUUCAAGCCGUCUGCUGUGCCCACAAGUGCCUCUAUCGCACCCACACUUCAGCCAGCUUCCACACCCUCUCUGCUUGAGGAGAUCCUCUCAGAAAAAGAGCUUCUUGUUACUGAUAUUGAAUCAGUGGCGUUGAGUGAGACUGAUGCUGAUGUGGUGACUCUUACUGGUUUAGAUGCGGUGGUAAAAACUGAGUUGCCUUCAGUCGUAAAAGCUGUUGAGGAACAAAGAGUCUUACUGCCAUCAUCAUCAGCUGAAACCGAAAUGUCCACAGAAACUCCACCACUGAUGGAGCCAGUCACACAAGAUACUUUACUCACCAGCACCCCUCGGAUUUUUGCAGAAAGAUUAAAUGUAACCAAUGAAACACAAACUGCAGUUUUACCUCCAAGUCCAGAAGCAGACGUAUCCGAAUCAGACACCAAUGACUUUUUGCCUAUAUCUGAGAGGGUUUCGCCUGCGAUGCCUUCAGAGAAUCGGAUCAGCACUGACCCUGAAGCAGCUCAGUUGGCUCCACAGGAAACUAAGGAGGAAGAACUGCUGGAAAAUGACAAUUCAACCUUUUCUGCAGCCACAGUAUUAUCAGGGGAUGGAGAAUCAGACAGUUAUCCAUCAGUUUAUCUCCACAGCACAGAUAUAGAUGCUGAUUACCAGUACGACUCAGCAGAUUUACUGGCUGACGAUGGCACAUUUGUCAAUUGGGGAGCAUCUGCCUGUCCGUGUGUGGAGGAGAUUCAAGGAUCCUCUCUACUUCCUGUCCAAACGCAGAGAAAAAUCUCUCUGCUGGCUCGAAACUUGCAUCUCUAUCAGGACCAGGAGCUGGCAUAUGAGUGUGUAUUGGUGAUUGAGGGCCAGACUGUGGUGGUUGAUGCAGAUGUUGCACAGAAUGAGGCGAACCCUUUGCUGUUUGACAUCACUUGUCUUGCUCAUCAGUAUUCAUAUGCAGAGCCUGUUCGGGAGUAUAAUGCCAUGGUGUAUGUGAAGAGAAAAGACACUUUUCAUAUUGACAGCACUGAUCUUUAUGUGACGUUAUAUAACUGUUCAGUUGGACACUCGGACUGUAGCCGCUGUCACACUGCCGAUCAGAAGUACCGCUGUGUGUGGUGUGGGAGCACUUGUGUUUACAAAGGAUCCUGUUCCCAACACAUUCAGAUGACCUGUCCUGCUCCGCUCAUUCAUUCGGUGGAGCCUUUGUCAGGACUGGUGGAAGGAGGAAUUACUUUGACUGUUUCUGGCUCUAACUUGGGCCAGAAAGCUCAGGAUAUCCUUCAAUCUGUAACCGUUGCAGAUGUGCCCUGCACUGUUAUACCACAUCUGUACGAAAUAUCUACCAGAAUUAUAUGUACAACUACAGGAAGUGGCAAUGAGAAGUCUGGUCACAUCUCGGUGAGAGUUUCUGGUGGAGGCUUCGGCUUGUCGAGUCAGAUAUUCAGCUAUCAGCUUGGAGUCCUUCCGGCGGGCUUUCAUGUGUUUUUCACUGAGGAGAGGCGUCCUGCCUUAAAGCCCCAACUGGUGGAGUGCUGCAGUGAUGAACCCGCAGCUGAUAGAGGUUUCUCCUCUGAGGGGCCAAAAGCAGGAGGAACUACUUUGACAAUCACAGGCAAAAAUCUUUUGACUGGCCGCGUUACCGAUAUCAGUGUCCUGCUGGGGAAUGUUCCCUGUUCAUUAAUAUCAGGUGUUCAGGAGGACUCUAUCAGGUGUCAGACUGGAGUUAGUAACAGGACUGGAGAACAUCAAGUAACUGUGCGCUAUGGAAAAAAUGAGCGUCGUCUCCCUGGCAGUGGCUACUUCUAUACCCCUGACCCCAACAUCACAGACGCCAUGCCCUCCAAGAGCUUUAUCAGUGGAGGACGUGUAAUUAAAGUCUCAGGCCAUAACUUGGAUGUGGUACAAAAACCUCGGAUGCGAGUGACGGUGUUCCAAACAGACACCAUUUCCACCCGGAAGAGGCAAAGGCGAAGGAGAAAAACUAGAAGUAUAACAGAUGUGGAAGGGCUGGAAACUGACUGUACAGGAAACACGCACUGUUCUGUCAAACGGUUUGAGGAGCACUGCGAGGUGCAGACCUCCUCUCUGUUAUUGUGCUGGACCCCUGGUGUAGAUGCUCAAGUACUCAGUGGAAAUAUGCACGUUGAGUUUCUGUUGGAUAAUUUACGCUUUGACUUUAACUCUGUCAGCCAGUCACCUUUCACUUAUAAGUCCAACCCAACCCUUCACCCACUGAACCAUCGAGAUCCCACAAAGCCAUACCGCUACAAACCUGGAUCAGUCAUAUCAGUGGAGGGUGAGAAUUUAGACUUUGCCAUCUCCAAAGAGGAAGUAGUAGCGCUGAUUGGUGAAGGGGUUUGCACUGUUAAAACUCUGACACAUAAUCACCUUUACUGUGAGCCUCCAUCCCAGCAACCCCCCCUCUCCCUCAGGCAUGGACGCAAGCGAGAGGGAGCUGAGGCCUUUCCAGAGUUUAUAGUCCAUUUGGGAAACCUGAACUUUUCGCUGGGACAAGUGCAGUAUGAUUCUCUCAGUCACUCCAUCUUUCCUCUGGUGGCACAGAUUGGGGUUGGAGCAGUUGCUUCUCUGGUCGCUCUUAUUGUACUCAUCAUAGUGUUCAUAUACAGGAGAAAAAGUAAACAGGCUCUGAGAGAUUAUAAAAAAGUUCAGAUUCAGCUGGAGAAUCUAGAGACCAGUGUGAGAGACCGCUGCAAAAAAGAGUUUACAGACCUGAUGACUGAAAUGAUGGAUGUGACGAGUGAUCUUGUGGGAUCAGGGAUCCCUUUCUUGGAGUACCGCAUGUAUGCAGAGCGUAUCUUUUUCCCCGGACACCGAGAGUCUCCGCUUCGCAGAGACCUGGAUGUGCAGGAGUGUCGGCGGGCCACGGUGGAGCAGGGACUCAUUCAGUUAUCUAAUCUCCUAAACAGCAAACUCUUCCUCACAAAGUUUAUUCACACUCUUGAGAGCCAGAGGACAUUUUCACCCAGAGACAGAGGAUAUGUGGCUUCUUUGCUCACUGUGGCUCUUCACAGUAAGCUGGAGUACUUCACUGACAUCCUCAAAACAUUGCUGAAUGAUCUGGUGGAGCAGUACAUCGCCAAGAACCCUAAACUUAUGCUCCGGAGAACUGAGACGGUAGUGGAAAAGCUCCUGACUAACUGGAUAUCCAUCUGCCUAUAUGGCUUCUUAAGGCAUUCAGCUGGUGAGCCUCUGUACAUGCUCUUCAGAGCCAUUAAACACCAGGUGGAUAAAGGACCUGUGGAUGCAGUGACUGGCAAAGCCAAAUACACCUUAAAUGAUAACCGCUUGCUGAGAGAGGAUCUGGAGUACCGCACUCUGACGGUGAACGUUCUGAUGCAGGGAAUAGGCAUGAAUGAGGCUCAGCCGGUUGCUGCUAAAGUUUUAGAUUGUGACACUAUAACCCAAGUGAAGGAGAAGAUUCUAGACCAGGUGUACAAGGGCACCUCAUUCUCUCAUCGACCACAUACCGACUCUGUAGACCUGGAAUGGCGCUCUGGUGUAGCUGGUCAUCAUCUGUCAGAUGAAGAUCUAACAUCUGUGGUUCAGGGCAACUGGAAACGUCUCAACACGCUCCAGCAUUAUAAGGUUCCAGAUGGUGCAACUGUUGCUUUAGUGCCACGCCACAGCAAACACAUUCACCAUGAUACCCACGAUUACAUCGCCGGGGAGAAGACGCCCAUGCUGGAGGAUGCAGAUGAAGGAGGAGUGAGGCUGUGGCAUCUGGUGAAGGCCAGCGAGGAGCCAGAGUUACCCAAACACAGACGAGGGAGUUUAAAAGAACGAGAACGAGCCAAGACCAUUCCAGAGAUUUAUCUCACGCGACUCCUGUCAAUGAAGGGUACACUGCAGAAGUUUGUGGAUGAUCUGUUCACAGUUAUUCUAAGCACUAGUCGACCGGUUCCUCUGGCAAUCAAAUAUUUCUUUGACUUGCUGGAUGAUCAGGCAGUCCGCCAUGGCAUUUCAGACUCUGAGACCAUUCACAUCUGGAAAACCAACAGUGGAGGACGUGUAAUUAAAGUCUCAGGCCAUAACUUGGAUGUGGUACAAAAACCUCGGAUGCGAGUGACGGGUUCCAAACAGACACCAUUUUCCACCCGGAAGAGGCAAAGGCGAAGGAGAAAACUAGAAUUUGAGGAGCACUGCGAGGUGCAGACCUCCUCUCUGUUAUUGUGCUGGACCCCUGGUGUAGAUGCUCAAGUACUCAGUGGAAAUAUGCACGUUGAGUUUCUGUUGGAUAAUUUACGCUUUGACUUUAACUCUGUCAGCCAGUCACCUUUCACUUAUAAGUCCAACCCAACCCUUCACCCACUGAACCAUCGAGAUCCCACAAAGCCAUACCGCUACAAACCUGGAUCAGUCAUAUCAGUGGAGGUCAGUGGGCUUUUAUUACUGCAUGUUUGA